ACGCCAUAUUGCAUCGCGAUUUCGAAACAAACGAAAACAACGAACAGACGAACUGUUUAACAGUACUUGCAUAAGUGUGUGAUAUUCAUAAUAUAAACUACAAUUUAAAGCAGUAUGGCCGAGUUUGAUACAGAAGUCAAAACGAUUGGGAGCCGAUGGGGCCGUCAAUCAAACACCCAACAGGCCAUCAACUCAGCACUUAGACAGGGAAAAGCUGUAGAAACAACUAAAAAAUUUGCUGCUUCUCAAAACAAGCAAUCAUCAGCUGCCAAAAAUACAGCAAAACUUGACCGUGAGACUGAGGAACUUCACCAUGAACAUGUGACAUUGAGUCUGUCUCGUCAGAUACAGAAGUCUAGACAGGAGAAAGAGUGGACUCAAAAAGAGUUGGCAACAAAAAUAAAUGAAAAGCCUCAAGUCAUUAAUGACUAUGAAUCUGGUAAAGCAAUACCAAACCAACAGGUGAUCUCAAAGUUGGAAAGGUGCUUAGGCGUAAAACUUCGUGGGAAGGACAUUGGCCAGCCUCUCCACUCUAAGAAGAAGUGAUCUAUGUGAAAUGCCUGCACUCAAAAUGUACGUUCUGUAGCACUCAGCGCUACAGAUGUAUUAUAAUAUUACAACAUUUACAUUUGCUAUGAAAACUUCAUAUUACGUUAGACAGAUUUUGUUACCAUUCAUUGCUAAAAGGCAAAUUUUCAACUAUGAACUCUUUAUGUAGACAUUACUAUCCAAUUGUGUUUCUUGCUAAUCUUGAAGGCGUUGUAAAUAUGACACAAUUUUUGUCUUAUUUUGAGAAAAUAGUAAGGUGACUACCAGAUGUAUCAUCAAGUGGUUGAAUGUGUUAAGAAGUUUUUUUGUGUGUAAAUAUGAGUAAAGGGUGCUACUGGAAAGCGGAGGGAUUUUUUAUUUUACAUCAAGCUUUCGUUGCUUCUGCUGGUAAAGGUGGUGAUUGUAUUGAUAAUACCAUGCAAGGUUUGACACAAGUUCAGUGUCGAGAAUCCAUAUUAAGUUUAGUCAUAAAGAUGACGGUAAUGGUUGUCGUAAUAAAGUUUGUUUACAUGCCCAUAA